AUGCCAGCUAGCAAAUCCGUAACACUUAACACCGGCGCUGAGAUGCCCACCCUCGGUCUCGGCACCUGGAAAUCCGGCCCCGGCGAAGUUGCCCACGCCGUCCAAUUCGCCCUCCAAAACGGGUACACCCACAUCGACACCGCAACCGCCUACGACAACGAAUCCGAAGUCGGCGCAGGCAUCCUCGCCUCCGGUGUCCCCCGCUCCUCCUUCUUCCUCACUACUAAAUUGAAUAACAAUGAUCAUAAGCGCGUGAAGGAUGCGUUGGAUUUUUCGCUUAGGGCGCUUAAGACUGAUUAUUUGGAUCUUUGGCUGAUGCACUGGCCGGCGCCUAUGGUGCAGGACCUCAGCGGCCCCGAUCGCUCGAUCGACUGGCUCGACACCUGGAAAGAAAUGGUCAAAGUCUACAAAGAAAACCCUGACAAAGUGAAAGCCAUCGGCGUGUCCAAUUUUUGCAUUGACUAUCUUAAGCGCCUGCUCGCGGACAGCGAGGUCGUACCAGCCGUCAACCAAAUCGAGCUGCAUCCCUCAUGCACCCAAGAACCCCUAGUCGACUUCUGCCGCACGCACAACAUCGUCGUGACAGCCUACUCACCCCUAGGCUCAAACGACUCCCCACUGCUCACGAACCCUAUUGUGAAUAAGAUUGCGGAGCGGUAUGGUGUGAGCCCUGCGAAUGUGCUUAUUUCGUUGCAGGCGAAUAAGCCGGGGGUUAAUGUUCUUUCAAAGUCUGUUACGGACGCUAGGAUUAAAGCCAACGCGAAGGUUAUCGAUUUGACACCGGAGGAGGUGCAGGAGCUGCAGGAUAUUGACAAGACGAAUCAUUUCCGUGUGUGUCAUCCUAAUUGGACGGGAUGGGGGUCGCUUGGGUUCCCGGAUUGUGAGUGA